CAAUUCUCGGACGUCUGAAAAAUACCAUAUAAGCUGGCGCCCCUCCCCUCUCCACGCAAACUCGUCACUUUUCACACACACACAAUGGCUGCCCGUCAAUCAAGCAGAGCUCUACGCAGCUCCGUCAAGCAAUUGGCGUCUGCCCCCGUCGUCCAGAGGCGCACUUUCGUCUCGGCCCUCAGCGCUGCCAGAGCUGGCUUUGCAGUUGCACCAAAAGCUGCUGUCUCCUCUCCCUUCCAACAGACUCGUGGUAUCAAGACUAUUGAUUUUGCGGGCACUAAGGAGACCGUUUACGAGCGCGACGACUGGCCGAGGGAAAAGCUUCUUGAAUACUUCAAGGACGACACCCUCGCCCUCAUCGGCUACGGAUCGCAAGGUCACGGCCAGGGCCUGAACCUCCGCGACAAUGGCCUCAACGUCAUUGUCGGUGUGCGGAAGAACGGCGCCUCGUGGAAGGAGGCCGAGCAGGAUGGCUGGAUCCCCGGCAAGAACCUGUUCGACAUUGACGAGGCCAUCUCCAAGGGCACUAUCAUCAUGAACUUGCUCUCCGACGCUGCUCAGAGCGAGACCUGGCCCGCCAUCAAGCCUCAAUUGGUGAAGGGAAAGACUCUAUACUUCUCCCACGGCUUCUCCCCGGUCUUCAAGGACCUCACCAAGGUGGACGUCCCCAAGGACAUCGACGUCAUCCUCUGCGCCCCCAAGGGCUCCGGCCGCACCGUCCGAACCCUCUUCCGCGAGGGCCGUGGUAUCAACUCCUCCGUUGCCGUCUACCAGGACGUGACCGGCAAGGCUGAGGAGAAGGUCGUUGCCCUCGGCGUGGCCGUCGGCUCCGGAUACCUCUACAAGACCACCUUCGAGAAGGAGGUGUGGUCCGACCUGUACGGCGAGCGUGGCUGCCUGAUGGGUGGAAUCCACGGCAUGUUCCUCGCCCAGUACGAGGUUCUCCGCGAGCGGGGCCACAGCCCCAGCGAGGCCUUCAACGAGACCGUCGAGGAGGCCACCCAGAGCUUGUACCCCUUGAUCGGCGCUAACGGCAUGGACUACAUGUACGCAGCCUGCUCGACCACUGCCAGGCGUGGUGCCAUUGACUGGAGCAAGCGCUUCAAGGAUAUCCUGAAGCCUGUCUUCAACGACCUGUAUGACUCGGUUAAGGAUGGAUCUGAGACUGCGAGGUCUCUGGAGUACAACAGCCGCCCGGAUUACCGCGAGCUGUACAACAAAGAGAUGGCUGAGAUUGCUGACUUGGAGAUCUGGAGGGCUGGCAAGGCCGUGCGAUCUCUCCGCCCCGAAAACCAGAAGUAGAUUUCCCCUACCUAAUAACCUCAAAGCGAAAACAAAACAAAGACUUGGAGAAUGGUCUGAGCAGAGCGAAGAGGCUCUCGAAUAAGUCCCGUGAAAUCUGUAGAUUACGAUCUGGGACGGCACUGGCGUUUUCUUCCUCCGAUUCUAGCUUGGGCGUGGAUAUUUGGCUUGGCUUGAUUACACACGCCUCUUCUGUAUCUAUCGGAGCGGAUUGAAAAGUGUCUCUUUUCGUGGUCAAAAUCCAAAUACCUCAACCUGUUUCUCGCCAUCUAAACGUCUUGCACGUGAAACCUUACUUGUCUGUCUAGCUUCUAUGCCACGCAUCCCUCAAACAUCUGCUCCUCCGCAGCGACCCUUUCUGCCCUCUUUCCGCCAUUUUGUGAUUGCACCGAAGUCUCGCACCGCUCUCGUCUCUCUCUCUCUCUCUCUCUCUCUCUCUUUC